AUGAGCAUCUUGGAAGCCAAGCUCCGCAAGGAGAUGGCCGUGCCGGUGGCACCGAAGGACGAUGCCCGGACGAAGGCACAGCGCUUGGAGGAGAAGCUUCUUCAGCAGUUCCACCGUGUGAAAGAAGAAGGCCAGCGCCUUCGACCCUCCAAGGAGGUGCUGGGCGGCGAGGACCCGAUGCCCUUGGCGCCCGAAGAGAGUGAGGCCGCCAUCAGCGAGGAAGGGAGCGUGCCGAGCAUGCCAGAAGCGCCCAGCCUGCCGAGCACCAGGAAACUGACAGAAGAGCUUCAGAUGCAGAUGGCACGAGUGGAGAGGCGUUUGGAGCAGUUGGAGGAGGAUGUGAGGCGUCUUGGCCGUCGAGAAGACCACGACGAGAGGCCGCGGGGAGCCGUCGGCCCGGUGCUUGGCGGCCCGGUGCCAAGCACGGCGCCAGAGGUUCAAGCGACCCUGGACCGGCGGAUGGACGGCAUGCAGGAGAUGUUGAGGUGUUUAGCUGGUGGGUUGAAGCAAGCUGAAGCCCAAGCAGGGAAGGUCCCGCUGGCACCGUCGCAGCACCGUCCCGCCGGCGGCGGAGGUCCCUGGAAGAUGGGCUGCGAUCCUGGCAAAGCCACACGCAGCGCUUGGAAGACCUUUGGCAUCGAGGACGACCGUCGCGGUUUCCCGCGCGCGCGGAAGAAGGUGUCGCGCGUUCGUCGGUGGUGUCCAAAGCGUGUGGGAGUGGUGGCGAUGUACGCGUUUUAG